AUGGAAAGGCUGGAUAUUGACCCAACAUGCGUCGCUUCGACUACGAGGCAAAAAGAAGACUUGUCGAAUGCGAUUCACUACAAGUCUGUCCGGUGGAGUCCGGAUGGUACAACUCUUCUGGCAAAUCUCUCUGAUCAUCGUAGUCAGUCUUAUAUUCUCCCACCAGACCUUCUUGAGGGAACGUCUCCUCAUGACUUGUCGCCCUAUUCCACCUUAUCCUCCGCAGAACCUAUCUAUGCCACAGCAUUCUACCCUUUCUACAGCUUGCAAGAUCCAUCGACCACUUUGUUUCUGUCGUCUGUGCGUGACCAUCCGAUCAGGCUCUCGUCAACCCUUGCACCAGAUAGCGUGGCGAGUUAUUCCCUCGUCAAUCCAACUACAGAGGCAUUUAUUACUCCACACUCGAUGAUUUACCCGUCAACAAUGGGCGGCACACACUUUCUGACGGGGUCAGAUUGUAUGAUCUGCCUCUUUGACAUUUCACGCCCAGGAACCGGCGGUCCUGUCUCUUGGAUGCCUACCAUCCCAAGCAAGCGCAAACAGAUUGUGGGCGGAGGCGUAGGCAUGAAAGGAAUCGUUUCUGCACUAGCUUCUAACCCCAGCGGAGACGGCUUUCUGGCUGCGGGUACUUUCACGCGACACGUUGCUCUUUACAGCGCAAAUGGUUCAGGGGAGCUCCUAGGGACUUUCAAUGUGGCAAGGACGCACGCCAACCGGCUCAUUGGAGGGAGAGGCAUCACUCAAUUGUGCUGGAGUCCCUGUGGUCGUUAUCUCUACAUUGCCGAGCGCAAGAGCGACGGGGUCUUGGUGUACGACAUUCGAGUCACGGGUCAAUUGUUAGGGUACCUCCGAGGACGGAAGGCCAUGACGAAUCAGAGAAUGGAAAUUGACAUUGUGUCGGCCGGUCCAGAAGGUGCACAUGAAGUCUGGGCAGGAGGCACGGAUGGUGUGAUGAGGGUUUGGCGAAAUCCCAUCUACUCUGCAGGUGGCCAAGAUCCCGACUGGGAGUUCAAAGUUCACGAUGACGCCGUGCCGAGCACUGUUUUUCAUCCCAUGGGUGAUGUUGUGGCCACCUGCUCAGGCCAGAGACAAUACUUGUUUGACGAGAUUGAGGAACAAGGCAUGCCUGAAGCUGUUCUCAAAUCCGUGGGCAAUAGCUUGAAAGUGUGGUCAAUGCCGGCCUGCGCGUCCCCUGAGCCUGCGGGUACUGAUGGUCACCCUUCGGACCCAGAUGUUUGA